AUGUCUGGUGCCAGCACACCGUCAUGGGCUCCUUGGAAGGUUCUCCUCAAGUGGCAACCUUUCCACAUCGACGCUCUUGGUCUUGUAACACUCUUGGGAGCCGAAGAGGUCAAUGCAGCAUUCGGCCGCCUCGUCAGUAGUAAAUACCUCGAGUACAUGCCGUUACUGGGUGCGUAUGUCAUUUCUGGAAACCGAUUCACUGAGAAAGCCGCUGGAUUCAACCUCUACAACAUAUCACGAGGCAUCCAUACAACCGACCUCGGCGGCUGGUUGACGAGAUGGAUGCUCUCCCAGGAAUUCGAGCAUACCAGCAACUUUGUCAAAUGGACAGUGACGGAACCACAGUCCCGAAAGAACCAGAUAUCCUUCUCCCUAGCCAUAAGCUUCACUUUUAAUGGCUUCCUUGUUGCUGGCACUAUUCUUUCCAAGGACUGGUAUGGCUUUGCUAAUGCAAUGGCUAUGAUCGUGUCCAUCAUCGUUCGUGCCUAUGUCAUCGGUCAGCAACGGGAUGGGCUCGAUGUCAUGGUGGAUAAGGCUGUCAAGGAAUAUGAAGACGAGAAGACGCCCGACCUGAGGAACAGAGCACCGGCUGCAAUACCUAAGGAACCCCAAUCCGAUGGAAGCAAUUGUUCAAGCCCUCCGAACGGAGAGAAGCAAGCGACCCAGAAUGAUAAAAAGACGGAUGCCUGGACCGGAACAGACACCAAAGUCCUCAUCAUCCAAUCUGAUUCGAAAGCGGUUACCUUUUGGAUGCCCAAUGAGUUGCUGAAACCUACAUCGGUUUUUAUUGCAGGGCCUGUGAUCUUGAACCCCAUAACAUAUUUCAUCAUGCGUUCCGUCGGUUGGCUGGCCUUUGCAGUGCACAUUGUCGCCAUCGGCAUGGCCGACUUGGCGAGUCAAAUGUACACCGUCGUACUAAUGGUGCUGCCGACCAUCUUGUUGAUAUUCAAGUUUGGAUGUGACGACUCGGAGUGGAACUUUAAAGGUUGGGUAAGAAGGAAGAUCCGCGGCGAGAAUGCAAAUGGCAAGCCUGAUCAACAGCAAGACGCCGAGAAAAGCGUGAAGCCCACGGAUUUCCGCCUGGUGCGACGCUGCUGGAUCGGGUCCCGGCUCAGGGCAGACAUCUACGAGUGGCCCGAGUCGUACGAGUUUCACGAGGAAGGCGAGGGCAGUAACAAGCGGUGGGUGAGCGGAGUACGAAAGGAAGGACAGAAAUGCUCCAAGAAAGGACAGGAUCUGUACGCCUGGCUCGCGCUCACCUACGACGAGGAAGAGAGCAUGGACAAAUGGGAUCUGUUCCCGCACGACCGCGACGGCAACAUCACGUGGUGGCAGGCGUACAAGCUCAAGAAGGGCACGCUGAAGGGCGACAAGCGCAACAGCAUGGGACCGCAGCAACCCCUUGAUAGUCCGCCAGAAGAUCAGCAAACCAGACUGUUCCAAAUGCCCCGCAGGACAGCCACGGACAGGAUUCUCGGCGGCGGCGCUCUGAGAGGCAGCUCCGCGUUCCCGGCCUUGAGGGACCACGAGUCGCGGAGUCGGCAAAAGACAGAGCAAGGACCCGAUGCCAGCGAGGCCCCGACGAGACGUCCUCAAGUCACCAACCAGCCUCCCAGCACACCGCCAGCAGGUCUCGACGCUGCCGCUGGUGCUGCCACCGGCGCCGCCUCUUCGACCUCCCUCGACGCCCCUGCUUCUUCUGGUGCUCUGGCCCAGUCGCGAACCACAACUGGCUCUCCACACGACGAGAACCAUUCCGAGACACCCCAUUUGUCCCACGAUCAUUCCACCGAGUGA